GGCCACCGCUCAGGAGCCAUUUUGGACUCGGUUCAGCUCCCCUCCCCCCACCCCUCCCCCCGUUCAUGGCCCCUCCGGACUCGGCCCCUGCGCCCGGGGCCCGGGCCCAGCCCCGCCGCGCUAUGCCUGAGUCGGGCGCGCCCCGGCCCGUGCCCCGCCGCCGCCCCCCGGCCCCCGCGUCGCCCCGGAGCCCGGGCCGCAGCCUGCGCCGCCCGCAGCAGCCCUGAGCCCGGCCCUGCCGACCGGCCCUUGGAGCCCGAACGCUGCUCGGGGACGAAGGCGCAGGAAGCGCGCACGGAACGAGACCGAAGGAAGGAGCGGGAAGGAGAGCGCAGCCGCCGCUGGGCCCUGCGCGCCCCGGGAGCGCCGUGCGGCCCUGCCCGCGGGCUCCGGGUGUGCGCGGGGCGGCGCAGCGGAACAUGACGGCGCCCUGGGCGGCCCUCGCCCUCCUCUGGGGAUCGCUGUGCGCCGGCUCUGGGCGUGGGGAGGCUGAGACACGGGAGUGCAUCUACUACAACGCCAACUGGGAGCUGGAGCGCACCAACCAGAGCGGCCUGGAGCGCUGCGAGGGCGAGCAGGACAAGCGGCUGCACUGCUACGCCUCCUGGCGCAACAGCUCUGGCACCAUCGAGCUCGUGAAGAAGGGCUGCUGGCUAGAUGACUUCAACUGCUAUGAUAGGCAGGAGUGUGUGGCCACUGAGGAGAACCCCCAGGUGUACUUCUGCUGCUGUGAAGGCAACUUCUGCAACGAGCGCUUCACUCAUUUGCCAGAGGCUGGGGGCCCAGAAGUCACGUAUGAGCCACCUCCGACAGCCCCCACCCUGCUCACGGUGCUGGCCUACUCACUGCUGCCCAUCGGGGGCCUUUCCCUCAUCGUCCUACUGGCCUUUUGGAUGUACCGGCAUCGCAAGCCCCCGUACGGUCAUGUGGACAUCCAUGAGGACCCUGGGCCUCCACCCCCAUCCCCUCUGGUGGGCCUGAAGCCACUGCAGCUGCUGGAGAUCAAGGCUCGGGGGCGCUUUGGCUGUGUCUGGAAGGCCCAGCUCAUGAAUGACUUUGUAGCUGUCAAGAUCUUCCCACUCCAGGACAAGCAGUCGUGGCAGAGUGAACGGGAGAUCUUCAGCACACCUGGCAUGAAGCACGAGAACCUGCUACAGUUCAUUGCUGCCGAGAAGCGAGGCUCCAACCUCGAAGUAGAGCUGUGGCUCAUCACGGCCUUCCACGACAAGGGCUCCCUCACGGAUUACCUCAAGGGGAACAUCAUCACAUGGAACGAACUGUGUCAUGUAGCAGAGACGAUGUCGCGAGGCCUCUCAUACCUGCAUGAGGACGUGCCCUGGUGCCGUGGCGAGGGCCACAAGCCGUCUAUUGCCCACAGGGACUUUAAAAGUAAGAAUGUAUUGCUGAAGAGCGACCUCACAGCCGUGCUGGCUGACUUUGGCUUGGCUGUUCGAUUUGAGCCAGGGAAACCUCCAGGGGACACCCACGGACAGGUAGGCACGAGACGGUACAUGGCUCCUGAGGUGCUCGAGGGAGCCAUCAACUUCCAGAGAGAUGCCUUCCUGCGCAUUGACAUGUAUGCCAUGGGGCUGGUGCUGUGGGAGCUUGUGUCUCGCUGCAAGGCUGCAGACGGACCCGUGGAUGAGUACAUGCUGCCCUUUGAGGAAGAGAUUGGCCAGCACCCUUCGUUGGAGGAGCUGCAGGAGGUGGUGGUGCACAAGAAGAUGAGGCCCACCAUUAAGGAUCACUGGUUGAAACACCCGGGCCUGGCCCAGCUUUGUGUGACCAUCGAGGAGUGCUGGGACCAUGAUGCAGAGGCUCGCUUGUCUGCGGGCUGUGUGGAGGAGCGGGUGUCCCUGAUUCGGAGGUCGGUCAACGGCACUACCUCGGACUGUCUCGUUUCCCUGGUGACUUCUGUCACCAAUGUGGACCUGCCCCCUAAAGAGUCAAGCAUCUAAGCCCAGGACAUGAGUGUCUGUCCAGACUCAGUGGAUCUGAAGAAAAAAGGAAAAAAAGUUGUGUUUUGUUUUGGAAAUCCCAUAAAACCAACAAACACAUAAAAUGCAGCUGCUAUUUUACCUUGACUUAUUAUUAUUAUUAUAAUUAUUAUAAUUAUUAUUAUUAAUAUUAUUUUUUGGAUUGGAUCAGUUUUUACCAGCAUAUUGCUCUACUGUAUCACAAACAGCGGACACGUCAGCAGGCGUUGAGGUGCUGAGCUGUGAAUGCAGAACCAGCGCCAUGCUGAAGAGCCUCAGCCACCUCCUGUCCUUUGGGAUUCAUUUUUCCCGCUUUCUCUUUGUUCGUCGUCUCAGAAUCUGUGACACAAAGAAACCCAUCUCCUGUCUUAGGAAACCUAAUGCUGCAAACUCUACCUAGAGGAACCUUUGAAGACUGUUACAUAAGAACAUACCUUCCUCAGAAGAGGAGUUUCCUCUGCCCUCUGCCCUUCUCCCCUCCUUCCCUCCCUCCCUCCCUCCCUGCCUCCCUCCCUCCCUCCCUCCCUUCCUUUUAUUUUGUUUUAGUGAGCUUAAGAAACAGCAGAUACAUCUUUCACGGAUCUAACGGGUGUUGUCCUGACCGAGAAAAAAACUGGGAUGAGAAUGGUUUGGACUGGAGUUGGAAGGGGAGGACAGUACUGGGGGUAGGAUUUGGAACAGAGCUACACUGGACUCGGGCACAUUCGGAGCAGCAUCCUUUCCUAUGGAGGCUACUUCUCAGGUAACCAGGAAUCGAGGGGAAGGACCUUGUGGAGGCCGAGCAUUAAUAGCAAGAGUGGGGUUUGGAGAAAGUCUGAGAUUGGGUACAGCCCUGACUUACCUGCUGGCCCUGACCAGUUUCUUUUCACUAACUUGGCCUUGGGCAUAGGGUGAAACAUUUUUUCUUCCCUAAUUUUAAAAUUAGGUGAGGGUAGAAUCACAGGUUAGUGAAUACAUUCUUCAUAAGACACGAUGCUGUAAAUACCCUUAAUGGACGAAAAGUUGAAAUACUUUUGUUUCCUCUUGGAGCAGUUCAGGGAAAUGCCCACAGGGGGUUGUCUUGCACAGAUAGGGCAAGAGGAUUUCCUGGGUGGAGUCUGCCAAGGCCUGCCUCGCUGGGGACCCAGAGUCCUACAGCUCUGGUUCUGCCCCAGGUGGUAACAAUACUGUCCCCUUUCUGUGGCUCGUGGACAAGACUUUCUCCAGACCCCUUAAAGUGGUACACAUUCUAAAAAAACUGUUUUUCUAUUAUGCCAUAAACUUGCUCUAGUCAGUGAAUGUUCCUAAUGCUGCUGUUUCAACAUUUGAAUUCUUUUUAAUUUAUGAAACAUGCUAAAUUUUUUUUUCAAACAAAACACACACAUCCACAUAUACACAUGCUUUGCUAUGUGGCUUCCAAGGUUUAAAUUUUGAAAAGUAAAAGAAUUAAAACUUCACGACCACAGAUCACCUCAAACCAGAAAUACCUCAGAAUUUUCUACUUGUGUAAGGUUUAUUAUAUAUUUUGUUAGUUGUGUUGUCUUGUAGUAAGUAUAUUUUAAUGUAAGUUGGCUUUUAUGACAAGAAAGUUUAAAAGAAAUAGAGAAAAAGAAAAAAGUUUGCAUCUUCUAGGGAGUGCUACCAUUUUUGUUUGAUAACGCCCCCUUGUAAAUAAUUGUCAUCAGCUGUAGGUUGGCUGUCUGGGCCAAGUCUGGGCAUUCAUCAGUCUUGUUUGUGAAGGCUUUUCCUUCUGGUUUCUUUAGAUCAUUUUAUUUAAAAGCAGUGCAUCUCUUCAUCAUGAGGGUAGGCAAGGCGGGGGCUGUGGGGAGAGGUUGACCUGGGUGAGAACUGAAGAGUCUGCCUCCUCUUGGGUUGUUUGGAGCUCCACAUGGAAUUCACAUGUAACAUGUAACUUGAUGCGUCGAUGUUCAGAAUGACAACCCCACUUAAACUUGGUAGAAGGAUGGCCCUUAGACCUGAAUGGGGUGAUUUUACUUGAGAUUUAACUUCUUCAGCAAAUUGGCAGCAACGUUGGAAGAGAUCUGUGGCACCUCUGUGAAGCACACCAUGACUCAGGCCAGUCUUCUAGUGUAGCGUGUCUGGGAGGGAAGGGUUUCGCUCUUGCUGGUCUUGGAGUCCACAGUGUGGGGGGGCACUGCACACGCCUGGCCAUCUACCUGGCGUGCUAUGUUCAGUGUCUGGGGCUUGCCGCCCGGGGGUCUUUUCCUCUGGGUGUUGAGGCACAGGGUGCUAUGGGGAGGCCCGUUUGCUUCCCUCUCAGAGCUCAGUUUUUGCUUCCUGGGUCAAAAUGUGGGCUGGCCAAGUGGUUACAGGAACAGGGUUUUGGUAAGCUAUGUUGUCUUUUUUUUAAUUUUUAUUUUUAAAUGGUUUGAUUUUGUGCUGUGGUAUUUUUCUUCCCUUGGAAUAAUUUUUAAUGGCAAAAUAGGCCUUACAGCAGUUGCUUUUCUUUACCAUUUAUUUCUUUAAGAAGCUUUAAAAUAUUUAUUGAAAAGUGCCAUAUCUAAUUUUUUUAGCUUUCUCCUCAGGCAGGGCAGGCAUCUUUACUUUUCAUCCUCAGAAGAAACAAACCACUAACAAAUGUAGCAAAUUUACUGCAGGAAUAGUUAGAUCAUGAUACUACCUGAACACUAAACCCCAGCCUCUUUGUUUCGUUUUAGUUCCUCUGGGUGGUUUUUCUUUUGUGUGCUGGCUUGAUUCUUGUGAGAAGUUUUGACCUGGCCAAGGGAGGGUUGAGCCAUGGUUCUGGUGUGGGACUUUGCAGUCAGGACACAGUACAGACAGGUCAGGCCUGCCUGCCUUUUCUCUGGGUGGCCUCCCCCUUCGACCCACCGUGUGCUCAGCCACUGUAGUGUCUCUGUGGGGCCUCGCCAUCAGAUGGUGUGUCAGGAGAUGGUACCUUUUUGGUGGGGCUGGGGAGGAGGGUGGUCCAUGCCAGUUCUUUGGGCUUCAGGCCGCUCUUCCCCUCAUAUUGUGGUGUAAAGCUCACCCAUCAGGUGGUAUAUCUGGUUCUGAUGGCAAGAAAAAAGUGGGGGAUCUCCUUAUAGGGCAUGGGUCUAGGAGCACAGGUGGGCCUUUUGCCCCAGGUAAAAUGUUUGUCUGUUUGCUGUCAUGUGUUCUUUGAGGAGUGAGCCAUCUAGAGCCCUACUUUGAAUUUACUGGGUCUUACAGCCUCUGCCUGUGCUGUUUUCCAUAAUAACUUCAUGCAACAUGCACUUUUCGGGGGCUCAGAUAAUUGCUUUCUUUUUGUUUUUGACCUCAGGCUCUUUGACAGACUGGGGAAAAUGGGGCCUGGCAUCGUUUUCCCUGUCAAUGGAAGGGGCUGUUCCAUGCAGGGUGGGAGGGGACCAAGUUAGCAGAGAGUAGCCAAGGAUCCUUGCUUCUUCGUUUCUAGUGUGCUGUCAUCCAAGCAGGCUCCUGGCUGUAGGGAUGGGCCUUGGGGAACAAUCUUCUUUGAAAGCAUCUGUGAUAACUGAGAAGUCAUCCCUAGCUGGAGAAAUCCAGUAAUGAGCAGAAGGAGGAAGCAAGUGAGGACAGAGGCCAUUGUGUUACAGUGUCAUGCAGAGGACCCUCAAUGAUGGGGCACUGGGGAAGGCCGUAGACAUAGUCAUCAGAACAUCCUGGCCUGGCAUAAGCUGGAUUUUCUCCUGGGACCAUUGGUCCUCAACAGGAGUUCCCUGCAUGAGUUGCUUGUGGGCAAGGGCUGCAAAUGGGCUAUUCUUAGGAGAAAGUGACACCGGUCUGUGAGGGAAGAUGGUGGGCAUUAUUAGCCUUUGUGUCCAGCAUGGCCUUCUUGUCCUGUCUGCUCUGGAGAGAAGCCUGUGGGACCAGUCCUGCCUGGGGAGGGGGGAGGGCAUAUCCACACAUGCUGGCUGAUUCUGACUCUGAAUACAUCCUGUCUGGACUUGGGGGUGUUUCUGCAGAACAAAGAGGUUGUUUUCCAGCCUUGAACAUCUUCAGGAGGAUAGAGACUCUUGCUCACAUAUUCUUAGCAAAGGGAAGGGUCUCUCUCCUCCAGGCCACAGAGAUAGUUCUUCGAUUGCCCUAAGAGGCUAGGCUAACCCUCUUGACAUGACUUAGACAGCAAAGCACUUGUAGUUGUGCUCUGUCACCUUUCUCUUUAGUUGGCCAUAUUCUCAUUUCCUCCAUCCUGCUACUAUGCCCUGUGAGCUCUGGCUGUGUGUGGGGUUUUUCCCUGGUGGAAGGAGGCCCAGCUAUGUAUUGAAUGUCCUUCGUGUGUUGUGUGUGACUCAGAAAGCCUGUCACUUGGCCCCUGUGCUCUGAGCCAUGAGGGUGGGGAGGUGGCUGUUCCAUUAAAGUGGGAGUAUUGGAUGGCCCUCUUGAAACUAGAAUUUUGCCUUUUUUAGUAUGUAGUAUAAAGUUUCCAGCACCUAUUGGUAACACAAAGACUUGCUGGUUUUUAAAAUAAUCUAAUAAGCAUAAGUAUGUAAGUUUUUAGAAUUGGUACUAGGAGUUGGACAGCUAGUUAUUAUUCUCGAUAACUUGAUUUCACUAGAAAAAUAAACUAAUUGGAAAGCAGUUUCCAGGAGUUAACUCAGUUUUUCAGUCUCAGUUAUUUUAGCCUGUUGAGUUUUUGAUGGCACACCUCUGGAGAGAUGGCCAGGCCUGAUUCCCAUUUCAGGGGCAUCAGACCAUACUUUUUUAGGAAGCUCCGUGAAUCUAGUUAUCUACCCUGCAUCCUGGGCAAACAGCCAGAAUGAGAAGGGGACAAGGUGUCUUUUUCUCCUUUUCACUGGGGUGACAUGAAUUCUUUUAGUUAAUGGCUGUUUGCAAAUUCUAAACUAAUGAAAUAGCAGCUAACAUGUUCAAUCUAGUAAUGAUUAGUUUAAAUCUCAAUUGACAGUAAUGUUUUAGAUAAUGUUUUAGAUAAACAGGCCCAGUAAUUCAGUUGAUGAACUGUAUAUACAUCUUCUCAGUUUAGUUUUGUAAAUGUUUAAUGAAUUCAGGGUUAUACGCGUAGUUCUUUAAGUAAGAUUCCAGGUAGUUGAUUUGUAACCAGCAGUCUACCUAUGAAUGUAUCCCAAACCUUUAGAAGGUUGGAAAAGAUUUUUGAAAUAAUGAUUUAGUUUUGCAGAAAAAACACCCCUUUGGAAAUUAAUUCAGUUGACCCAAUAACAUUUUUUAAAACAAUUGGUGGCUCCAAAAGGCCUGCCAACAAACAAAAGUCCAAAUUAUCUAGUGGGACACUUUGAAUGUUUUAUGUUUAUUUUGGGUCCACUGUAAACUGGUUCGAACAAGAAUUUGAAUUUAAAGAAUUUAUCAUUAUUUAAAUUAUUACCAAGUUUUUACAUUUUCAUGACAGUAUCUUCCAGGUAUGAAUGAAACAAGACUUUUUUUAUUGUGGUACUUCCCGUAUCCCCUGUAGUGCCAAAACCAGUGAUACUUUAUUUGCUCCUAUGGCAGCUCAUAGAGAUAACUGAAGUGAUUUUUCCUCAGUAAUUGAAACACAUAUUCUCUAAAUGCCAAUGUGUGGUGAUGGGCCCUGCAUUGCCUUUAUUUCUCUAGGGCAGUGUUUGGAUUGUCUAGGGCCUAGGUAAUUCUGGGAACUACUGUAAACCAACCACAGGACACUAAAGCAAUGUACACACCACUCUGUGUGUGUAUGUAAUGGGUUAUAUAAACCUGGGCUAUGCUGGACAUCUACAGAAGAGUAUUACAUUCACUUGCAAAGUUUACAUUUUUGAGCUCACAGUUACGAAAAAUAUGACCCGCGAGUUUUUCAGGUAGGUGAGGAUGGGUCUUCUUGCAAAUGCAUGAGUUCUGUCUUGAGUCCUGGGAACUUCUCUGUUGGUUGGGUGUGGGCUCAUUCCCUGACUCUCCUAAUCACGUUUGCGUCAGAAUGUUAGCAUUGUAAAUAAAAGAAUAGGUUGUAUAAUAGAUACACACUUGAAACUUUACUUUAAAAAAAUCGAUAGUUCUACAUAUAUAUUUAGUUAUAUCACUUGACAGAUUUCUUCUACACAGUGUGGAGAUUGUUUUAUACCACAGAUUAUUUUUAUAAAGUUAGUGAAUUUGAAUGAUUUUGUAAUCAGAGCUAAUGAGCUUUACCUUUCAAGAGAAACGUACACUGGAGCAUGAGUGGUGUGGAACUUUUACUUAGCGCUUAUAUGGAUUCUUGUGAUACACUGGCAGACUGGAGUCAAUUUGCGGGUCUUUUUUGGCCAAAACUCCACUUGUAUUUGUGUAGGACAGUGAUACUUCAGCUCAGCUUCUUAUAGACCGGGAGGAGAGAGGGCCUGCAGUGUGUUUGACAUUGGUGCUUCCUCCUGAGAUUUCUGUUGAACAAAGGGUUCUGAGGUCAAAAAUUGGUUUGUAAGCUUUUGCUAUAGGACAUAGUCAUGUGAGAGUGUUUGGGGCAACAGAAAUUGUAUAGGGGUGCAGAUUGGGGUGGGAUGGGACUCGAAUAAGAUUCAGGUACAAAAACUUUGAAAUGAGAAUCUGGUGGUUUGAGUAAUCCACCAAACUGAAUUAUCUAAGAUCACAUUAUCCAGGUUGGGGGACAGAAUUACCCAGUUAAGUAAUUGUUCAGAAAAGUGGGGAGCGUGGCAUGUGGAUGCAGUGAUCCAAUUAAAUGGAGAGCUGCCAGGCACAUUUUGUCCUCUCUGGUCAGGGCUCUUUUGGACGUGAGAAUGGUUGGGUUGGGUUGGCUCACUGCUUCAAUCUGUGGAGUCAGCCAGGAGCCCAGUGAGGAAGCUCGGAACCCCAGUAACAGCAGAGCAUCUUUCACAUAGCUCCAGAGUUUUCCUGCUUUUCUUAGGAAGCUUAGCAUCACUGCCACAAUAUGGAAAGUGGUCUUCAUUUUAGCCUGUUUAUUUUUAGGCAGAGAGUGGAUGGUUAUUUGUGUGGGACUUUUGAUGGCGAUCUAUAAUGAAUAAUGAAUUUCUGGUAUGCAUAAUGGCCAGUCCUGAGGCCCAGCUAAAGACCUGUCCCCCAGACCCUGCCUGCUGGCUUCAAGCUGCUGCUUCCAGACAGGAGCACUGGACUGGAGAGUUUUAUCAAGAGAAUCCCUAAUGUGUCAUUUUAAACCAGCUGUGCUUAUUAUUCAUUCUGGUUAAGCGUAUAGGUUUACACUUUACCCUUUUUAUACUUGGAAUAAAUUUAGUUCCAGCAGAUCUAGUAGCACUCCAGAAACCAACCCCAUCUGUUCCCCAUAAAAAGAACAUUUCUCUGCUCUGCAGCCACGUGUCUUGGAAUGUAAUUCUGUUGUGCCUUUGUUUUUGUCACUCUCUUCCCCCCAAAAGCAACUGCUGUAAGCUUUUUUCUACUUGUCUUUUCUAGUCCCCCACCUCUACCUUUUUCCUUUUUCCCAGCUCUAAUUUCUGGAUGCACUUUUGUGAUCCAGAUAUUUUAAGAACCAGUUACCUCAGACCUCAUGUUGAACAGUGUCACCAUCUGGGUCCUCUUGAUACUGCAGACUUUUAACGUACACAUGCAGGAACCCUGCUGAGCGUGGGCACUUGUUUUAAAGCAAAACUCUUCCCAAGGACUGAAGAAAGGGCUUCUGGCAAGCUCGUCCUGGCACUGUGGUGGGAUGGGUCUAGAGUGUCAUCUGAAUGGUGCUUCCUGUGUUCCUCUUUGAAUUCUGCCAUUUUCAGUAUUCUCGUGUAUCUGAAUAGGCAAAGCGAUUUAAUUGGCUGGUCUUGCACGCAAAUUAGUUCCAAAGAUAAGCUCUUUGUAACACAUUUCCAGUCGCUAAUGCUCAAAUGUAGAACAUUCCUUUAAAUGGCAGGAUAACAAACCCACUAUCCACCAUAGUGCAUUUUGGGAAGAUGUCUGUAGCAUAUGUUGCUGUGAAAUUAGGCCUUGUGGGAUAUGGCUGUUUGUCAUUUUGAUGUAUUUUAAAUAAAUAUAUAUAUUUUUUAAAGAGCCUUUUUUACCAGUUCAAAAAGUUUAAUUAACCAGCAGUCACCACAUCUGAAUUUUUGUCUCUGGGGCUUAGAUGGCAGACCAAGAUUAAAAGUGGUAACUCAGCCAUAUGAGCACGGUCUACCUUCCUGGGCUGUCCUGCUGUCCUGCUGUCCUGCAGACCUGCUGUUCCGCAGACCAUGGGACACAAGGUCAGUGUGUUCCCAGUGAGGGUCCCAAGUCAGUCAUCUUAAGUGUUUGGUCUCUGCCCCAUUCAGUGGACUGUUGACUUCAGUCCCUGCAAGUGCUUUAGCCCGAGUGGGGUUUUCUCAGAGCACUGCCACAAGUUAAGUGUGUGUUUAGCCAAAUAAUUUCUCCAUAAGGGAAAAAUGCAGUCGCCCAAAUUUUACCAACAAUGACAGAGAUGAGAGUAGGAAAGAUUAGGCAACAUCUGAGUUUUAAUUGGAAAAGUGUCCAAGUCAUCAUGAAAGGCCGACUGGGAGCAAGUGAUUAUUAGAGAUUCUUUAGGAGACCUCAUCUGAAAAUGUUAAGACUGCCAGUGAGGAAAGGAAUUGUUAAAAUGCCAGCGGCUUUUUUUUUUUUUUCUCUUUUUUUUCUAUAAUUCUGUAAAAAUGCAGAGAAAGUUGAGUGGUACUUCAGAAUUGAGGGAGAGGGUUACUGCAGAGUAGAAAUAUAUUUCUAGAUUUCAGUUCCAAACCACAAAUCCACAACAAUGCCAUUUUUCAACUGUACAGAAAUCUGCUUAUGAACUUGACAUGAUCUUAAUUGGUAGUGUCAAAGGCCAAGUUUUUCACCUGUUAAUAUUUUUCCACAUUUGUCCUUGAAUCUGAAUAACUUUAUACAGUACUGUAAAUUUAACUUACAUCAAGUUUGAUGUCAAUUCUUAUGAAAAGAGCUUUCUGCAUGUAACACAUACGGUUAAAGAACACAGCAAAGAACAAAAUUUGCAGGAACAGUUUGGAACCAACAGAAAAUGUCACCUUUUAUUUGCCAUCUUAUAUAUAUAUAUCAGUUUUACCAGCUACUUCUAAAUUUGUACAUUAUUUGUAAGGGAAAGAAGGAAAACCCUAAGACUUGUCUAACUUAGUGGAGAAUGUGUGUGUUGGGCUUAGGAUGGAUAGCUAAGUCUUAUUGAGCUGUGUUACCUAACUUGUAUAUAAAAAUUGUAAUUAAAAGUUUGGGUUCACCUGUUUCUCACAGUUUAAAAUGAUGAGUAAUUGCAAAUUCUGGAAAUGUGACAGUAUAUGAUUUAAGGCUAUAGAAGCAAGGAAGCUCUUUCAAGUGCUAAAACUAAAGACUUCUAGUUUUUGGCUCAAAUUCAAUAAGUACUGUUUGUAUGCCAGGAUAUGUGAGAUGUAAAUGUAGUAGGUCACUUUUCACCCUUGUAGCUAUAAAAUAAAAAUUUUGUAGAACAGAAAUAGCUUGUACUACUGAAUUAACAAAAGUUAUACUAAAGUAUCAUGUUUUAAAAAUAUAUAUAUAUAUAUACAGAGUUAAGCUUGUUGCUGUUACCCUGUCUGGAUUUGAAAAGUGUGCUGAUUUAUAUAUAUAUAUUACACACACACACACACACACACACACACACACCCCUAAAAUGGCCUAAAGCAGACAUCCAUGUAAUUACAGUUGCAAAAUGAAAACAUUUUGGAAAGAACAUUGUAUCAUAGUUCAUUCAUUUGCAGUGGAUCUUUGUUCCUUUUUACUGUGGUAAUUUUAGAAAUGAGUGUCAAGUUUGAAAUUAGAUCUGCUAAGUUGGGGUUUUGCUGCUUGAACUCUGCACUGGGUCCUCAAAUAAACCGAUGUGAAUGUAGUUUUUUCCCCCUGUGUGAAGAAGCAGUUACACCCCAACAAUAGGAGGAAAAAUCUAGAACUAUUUCAAGUUUUAUCUUUUUGUAUAUGAAAAUAAAAUAAUAAUAAAACAA